UGAUUGUGGAAUAAGAAACCAAGAUGGCAUUGGUUUCCACAUUACUCAUGCCAAUCAAAACGAAACAGAGUUUGGUGAAUUUCCAUGGGUGAUCGCUAUCAUGCAGACAGAAGAAUCUCAAGUAGAACUAACGGAACCCAGUUCAAAGUAUAUUUGUGGAGGAUCAUUGAUUGCACCUAAUGUAGUACUUACCGCAGCGCACUGUGUGAUGAACCAGAACCCAGAAACUUUGAUUGCCCGUGCAGGCGAAUGGGACAUAAUGACAAAGAACGAAGUUCUUGAUUACCAGGAACAACGCGUAGAACAAGUUAUUUUUCAUCCUAACUUCCAUCACGAGCUUCUGUUUCAUAAUUUAGCUUUGCUUGUUCUGGAGAACCCAUUCGUUGCGAAUGAGCACAUCCAGUUGAUAUGCUUGCCACCGCAGAAUUUGGCUUUCAAUAGUAACAGUUGUUUCGCAACUGGUUGGGGAAAAGCAGAUUUUGUCUCAGAAAAUUCACAAGCUAUUUUGAAAAAGAUUCAGCUUCCCAUGGUUUCUAAACACGAUUGCCAAUCGGCACUGAAAACCACGAAUCUAGGCCCGAAGUUUCGACUGCAUGAAUCCUUCAUCUGUGCCGGUGGACAAGACGGAGUGGAUACUUGUACCGGGGAUGGUGGAUCACCUCUAAUGUGUCCAGUGCCGGGUUUUCAGAACAAAUACUACCAAGCUGGUAUCGUUGCGUGGGGAAUCGGCUGUGGGCAGACUGAUAUUCCUGGAGUCUAUGUUAGAAACAGCUUGCACACCGAAUGGAUCAAAGAAGAAAUCAGAAAGAUCAACACUGGCGAUAUAGGCGUUUUUACAAAAAGUGAAAUCGAUGAAUAAAAUAAACUGCUGAAUA